AUGCAUCUGUAUAGAAUUGCACUCGCACUUACAAGCCUGAUGUCGGCGGUUUCAGCCCUCACGGUUAAGUCCACCAAACAGUGGACCAUUGGUACCGAUGUUCAAGGCUCCCAACGACUCAAUGGCGUGAGCUACCAAGAAGAUGCUCUCAUUACAUAUGGAGACUAUCAAUAUGUCACCUUUUACGAAACUGCCCCGGCGGGAUAUCUCAACCAUUUCGUGAAGGUGGGACGCAGAAAGGUUUCACCUAGUGUCGACGACUGGGAAUUCCUCACACUUGGUGACUAUAUUCAGAAGACGAUGGAUGGCCAUAACAUGAUCUCUAUGGGUAUUUCGGGGGAUGGGAAGAUUCACCUCAGCUUUGAUCAUCACGAUGUCCCGAUCAAUUACUGCAUUUCGAAAAUCGGUAUCGCGAAAGACGUCCCCUCGAUGUGGACCUCAGAUCUCUUCGGCCCCGUCGUCCAUGAACUUGCCGGGUCUCAAGGACCUUACUCACCCCUAACGUAUCCGCGAUUCGAACCUCUGAGUAAUGGUGACCUUCUAAUGGAAUUCCGAAUCGGACAAUCUGGAUCGGGCGACAGCUACAUCCAUCGCUACAGCGCAUCCACUGGCAAAUGGCAAGCCUACCGAAUGUACAUCCAAGGUGACGACAACAACGCGUACAUCAACGGACUGGAUUACCUGGAUGGAAAGUUGUAUACCUCGUGGACCGUCAGAGAAACCCCGAACGCUGACACUAAUCACGGUGUUUAUUUUGCCUACUCGAAUGACGAUGGCAGGACGUGGUUUAAUACGAAUGACACCAAGCUGACGAAGCCCAUUUCAACAUCCGAUGACAGCACUUUGAUCUGGGAUGUUCCUCAGAACAGUCGCAUGGUCAACCAGGAGGGACAACUCAUCGACACCAAGGGACGGUUCCAUAUUCUGAUGAGAGACCUGUUGUCCGGUGAGCAUCAGUAUCAGCACUAUCUCCGGAAAACUGAUGGAACAUGGACGAAAAAUGCCAUCAACCCCGCUGGUCUCAACGGGCCCGACUUAUACGACCCAAGAGGCAAACUUGCUGGCGACGCAAGCGGGGAGUACUUGUUCGGUAUCCUACCUGAUCCCGUGAAGCAAUCGACUGCUAUUUACGUCGCUACUGCCUCGAACGAUUUCAAGGACUGGAAGAGCCUGGCUGAGAUCCCAAACACUUCGACGGAGCCCCUCUUUGAUAAGAUGAGACUCCAUGAAUCAGGAAUCUUGAGCGUGUUUGUGAGACAAGCGGGCGGAUUUCCUGACCGCAAGUUGCAAGUGUGGGAUUUUGAGCUCGACCUAUCGUGA